UCCGCUUGGUGUUUCAAAAGGAGCUAUCGAUAAACGAAUACAUUAUCGAAUUGAAGGCGGCCGCACAGUUGUGCAAUUUUGAGUCAUUCCUUGAAAAGGCGCUACGUGACCAACUAGUAGCCGGGGUCACCGACCAGGAGCUGAGAAAGAGACUUCUCUCAAAAAGCAUGCUCACAUACGAAAGUGCGUGCAAUGUGGCAUUGUCCUGGGAAGCAGCAAAGCGACAGAAUGAUGAGAUGAACCCAAAUGAAGCACAAAAAGAGAUAGCAACAGUGCGAACCAAGGCGACCAGCACACCAGCUAGAUCAGCGUCGGAAGAGCAGGACGAAUGUAGGCAAGCGGAAAUGGCGGCGUUACGACGUACAAAAUGGAAUAAUUAUUCGCCUGCCGCACGUGGUGAGCGAAAUCGAGUAAGCAGAAGUACAAGAAGUGUAUUGUGUUAUCGGUGCGGUAGACAGCAUGAUCCAAAUCAGUGUCCAGUUAAAGCGUGGAAUUGUUAUGCGUGUGGUAAAACGGGACACGUCGCAUCGUGCUGCAGGAGCAAUCGAAAAGGCAUGAGAGCCUUCGAGGAGGAACAAGAGGAAGAAGGCGUAGAACAUAUGGAGAUGUACGACUAGAAUUUGAGAUUGAUUGUGGGGCC